CGAAGGCAGCAAGCAGCUUGCCAAACCCCGUGCCCUUGUGCUUCGCGGCGUGCCCCGCCAGCGCCCCCUCGCGCCCCGCCCGCCCGCCGGAUGCCCGCCGCCGUCAGCGUGAAGGUGUUCAGCCCGGCCGAAGCCGGCAAGGGCGAGUACUUCUGGGGCCUCGGGAAGUCCGGAGAGACCCUCGAGCUGCUGACGGUCAGCGUGACGAGGCAGUCCCGGGUCUCCGACGUGAAGGCCCAGAUCCAGGAGGCACACGGCACGCCCGCGGGGCAGCAGAGGCUGCUGAUGUUUGGCCAGCUGAUGGAGGACGGCCGCACGAUGGCCAGCUACGGGAUGAACGACGAGGGCGAGGCGGCCGGCGUCAGCCUCUGCCUGCACAUGACGCCGAAGGUGUAG